GAGCACUCCGAGCUACUAAUAAAAGCUCUAAAAGACAGGCCGAAUGGGCCUAAUGGGAAAGCCGUCGGCGCUGCUCUUUCAGCGUCAUUUCCCGCCGAUAAGGCUUUCAGGCCGGUGCUUUCUUCUGCGGCCGCGUCACUCACCUAUUGCCGCGCUGUCGGAGCACUCAAGCACAUCCUCUGCGAACGCUCUGCUCGAUCUGGAAUGCGUCGAACUCACCCAAGACGAUUCGUCCUCGUCCCGGCAACAACAUGCCGUGCCGGGAAGCCUCGUGGGGAACAGCUAUUACACACAGCGAUACAAGAGCGGUAACGCGAACGCAGGACACCGCGCAUCCCUAGCCACGUCGUCGUCGCCGCGCUUUUUCAACGGUGAUUUGGUGCUGCGCCUGUGCCAAUCUGCCGUGCCGCGCGAACUGGCGCACAAGCGCGUUGUGGACGUGACAGGGAUGCGGACCAGCUUUCUCAACUCCUCCGAGCGUGAUCGACGGGCGCUCGCUACCGUCGAGGAGGCGCUGCAGACAAUGCACCUGCACGAUGGACACGAGGUGCCGGCCUUGCAACGCGGUGAUGUCGACUUGAUGCGUCUGCAGCUGCAGUGCGUUUAUGCACCGCCUUCCGCUGCAACGUCAAGGGGAGCGAAACCAGUCGGUGUUUCUGACACUACGUCGUUUGACUUGCGCAACGUGGCGGCUGUGUUGUGCCCACUGGACAACCCGGAUGUCCUGCUUGCCCAGUCUCGCCGCCUGACCUUCCGGUCGGAGAUGGAAGCGCUGCAGGUCGCGCGUGUCAUGGCGGCGGCUGCGAGCGCGCUGAAAGGCGGACCACGUAGCGACGCGUCUUCUUCAUCGUCGCAAGUGGUACUGCGGCCUGUGGUGCGUGACGGUCAUUUGAUCAGCGUUGUGCUGCGCGCACCGCGUCGGACAAGGUGA